AUGGCUUCUCCGGAGCCGCUUCCAGCGGAUGAGGCAGGGAAGCGGUCGGAUCCUCCCGACGUCCUUGACCGAGUUUCCGGUUCGCCGCACGUCCGCAGGUCGGGCGGAUCAACAGGAGGAGCGCUCCCCGGGGAGGCUGGCUGUAACCCCGCCCGCAGCUGCCAUGGCAGGUGCCUUUCAGCGCCAAGGACGGCGCCGCGCAAGGGCGGCGCGGAGCUCAAACUCGGUCACCUCGGCGACGAGAAAGUGCGAGUUUGCUGCGAUGAGGAAUUAGAGACCUCUUUCACCUACAUUGAUGAGAAUGUCAACCUGCGACUGGCCAGCCCGGCCACCAGCUGCAGAAGUGCGCACAGACCCGUGCGCAACGGCGAGCCUUGCUCCGAGACCUUCCCGGAGCUCUCCUUCAUGUCCGAGGACGAUCUCUCCUUCUUGGAGGGCUCUGGAAGUUCUAUAGACUACGGCUUUAUUAGUGCAGUCACGUUCUUGGUGACGGGGAUCUCCCUGGUGAUCAUCUCCUACGCAGUGCCUCGGGAUGUAGUGGUGGACCGGGACAGCGUGUCGGCGAGGGAGAUGGAGAGGCUGGAGAUGGAGAGCGCCCGGAUAGGUGCCCACCUGGACCGGUGCGUCAUAGCGGGACUGUGCCUGCUCACGCUGGGCGGCGUGGUGCUCUCCACGCUGCUGAUGAUCUCCAUGUGGAAAGGGGAAAUGUACAGGAGAAAGGUCAUCGCUUACUCAAAGCGCUCGGCCAAACAUUACGGCUCUAUCAGCCUGAAAACGAGGUCCAGUCCCAGCCACUCCUCUGCGCACUUGUCCCUGGAGGAGGACAUGGAGGAAACUUUGACUUAA